GUGGUCAGGCCUCAAACCCCUUUCAUUAUGCAGCAAUAAAGGAGUGGAGCAGUCUGCAAAAACAUUUCAAAGCCUGUCCUUGCGUGAGCCAAUUUAGGAAGAUAACUAAUGGUACCUAAUGAAUGAAGCUUUAGAAAGGGGAAAAAGUGAUUUCUUGAGACUCAAGAAGUGGUGAGAGUUCACCUUGCCCUUGUAACUACAGUCCUCAGAUUGUAGUUAACACAGUGCUCAUUUGCAAGUCAGUUUGUCAAGACUAGUAUUAGUGAUAAUUUACGAAUUUUAUAUAACAAGCAAAAAAAAAAAAAAAAAACUUUUGAAUAUUAAAAUGUUUAUAAAUGACUUUAAAACCUGCAGCAUUCUGAGAGCUCACUCUAGUAUAAAUACAAGGGGCUCAUUGUACUCCAAACUUAUAGAUUACAUAUAGGUCUGAUGUGUACAAACAUUACACACUACAGUAUUUAAAGGCUGUGAUUAAUACAAUUGCUGUCAAAUACUGAAAAAUGGCAGACCCUCUUGAUUUGCUAGGUCUCACACCUAAUGAAAAGAAGCUUCACAAUCAAGUGACAGAUUGUUUGAAGUCAAUCCUAACUGCCCUUGGUGGAGAAGCACCCAUGGAUAAGCUCAUUACUGAGUACAGAAAGGUGGUAGGAGAGGACAUUCCCUUCAAACUAUUUAAACAUGGCACUGUUGCCAGUUUCCUGCAGUCCAUAAACUGGAUUAUGAGGUUACAAAAUCGAGGUGGAGAAUUACAUGUGAAGAUGGUAAAAGAUCGAGAUUUGGAAAACCUGCAGAGAAUGGUCAGAGAACAAAAAUCUGAGAGGAAGGCACCCAAAAAUCAUCAACCAGCACGACAUCCAAGAGGUCCGUCUGCAUGGGUGCCUACUCGUACAGCUGCACGUAUUAACCAGGGACAACGACCUGUAAGACCCAGCCAAGGAUGUGAUCAAGCCCCUAAACCAAACACUGCAAAAACAAAUGUCUUAACCAGACCCAAUGACCCUAAGUUCAAUUUUCCUCCAUACGGAGCAAAACAAUUUCCUCCAAAGCAAACUAAUCUACCUCAACAACCAGAAACAUUUGAAACUAAAAGCUUGAAAUCUGGACAUUACUACGAUGAUGGAAACUUCAUUUUGCCACGUGCCAUACGUGGUAACCAAGAAAAACAGUUUGCUCCAUACUACGAGGUGCCACCACGCUUCAACAUGAAGAAUGCAGAAGGUAAACCUGUUGGUAAAACACACAAGCAGAAACUAGAAGAAGAAGUUAAGAGAUUGAAUAUAAAUGAAACGGCUAUAUUUCGCACAAUUCCAUGGGGCAAGAAGAAGCGGUCUUGGGUGUCAACCCUGACAAUUGGAAAAAUUCAAGUGAGCAGCUACCCAAAAGACAUGGAAAAGCCAGAGGAUGCUGAAGAAUCAGUGGCAAAGGAGGCAUUGCCUCUAAUCCAGCAGAUGAUUAGACAAAAGCUUCCUGUUACUACAGAUCAGGAUUUAUUGAUCAAAAGGAUCAAGGAGUUACUAAGAAAAAUGUGGCUUCAGAAAAUUCAGUCAAUGAAAAAUUGUGGCAUUAGUGUUGAAAAUCACUGCUCUGAUCGCUGGACUCUCAAAAUAAAGGAGGCGGAGGUAAACGAACCUCGUUCAUUCAGUGAUGUAAAGAAAGUACGUGAGUGGGUGGAACCUUGGGGCAUGAAUGGGGAACUACCUCUGUUGAGGAGCUGCUCUGUAAAACCAGACACUGUAAGCAAGCAGGAGGUUCAUCUACAACUACCACCAUUAAAGUUGCCCUGCUCAAGCUUCUGGGACAUCUUUAUAAGACAUAUUGAAGAUUUGAGCAACAUUUACUUUCAUCUCGUGGGUGAUGAAUACAGCGGUGCAUAUAGUGAAUUAGCUACAAAUAUGGAAUUACACUAUAUGGAAGAAAAGAACCUUGCUCCUGUGAAAAAUCCUCAAGAAGGAGAACUUUAUGCUGCCAGUCAUGACCAGUCUUGGUUCAGAGUGGAACUUCUAAAUGUCUGUGGUGACAUGUUCGUCAUCAGACUGCAUGCAAGUGAUAAUCCUUUAACUGAAUGUUUACCCCUAUUCGCUGGAGGUAUAGCAGAGGUUUAUUUGCUGCAUGUCACUCCAAUGGGUGAUCUGUAUGUUCAGAUUGAGUCAGAAACCUACAAGGUGCUUGAGGACCUUCUAGAUGUUGCCAGAAAUCGAACAGCAGAGAUGCUUGGGGAGGAUGUAAAUAUUGACCUCACUCGAUUGUAUUUAGCGCGCUUCAGUGAAGAUGGGGAGUGGUACCGAGCGGCUCCGAGGAGUAAUGUUGAUCCUGAUGGCAAGGUUCAGAUGUGGUUUGUGGACUUUGGUAACUCAGAUCGAGUGGAACUUAGCAAGAUAAGACGGUUGGACAGUGUGUGUGACCAGCUAACAAAAAUCCCACAUCAGGCUUUGCGGUGUCGCCUGUACAAUGUUCCGCCACACAGUGGACAUCAUUGGACUCCUCGAGCCUGCCAACGUCUUUUGGAGUUAGCCCCAGACAACACACCUCUACUGCUCAGGGUGCAAGAUUCUGGAAUAAAUGGUGGCCCACCUUCAGUUGAACUAUUUAAGAGGAGUCACCCUCAGAAUGAGCUAGUCUCCAUUAAUUUCACACUAAGUAUGGACACCAGUCUCUUCAGUGAUGGCGAUAGAAACAAUAACAGUGCUAAUAAAGAGGCAAUCCCCAACUCAAGCUCUCUCUGCCGACAGUCUUCCCUCAGCAGCCAGUCAUCUAGUAGUCAUGGUAAUUCAGGUCCGUCUUCCAUAAGUAGCCAACAUGAUUCAAGUGCAGGAUCCCCUAGGAGCUCUAGAACUAAUUCACCAUUAACCUCAUUUUCAAGACAAAAGAUUCCAGGUGCUCUGGUCCCACAAGAAAUUCCUGCUGUGGGAUCUUAUUUUGAUGUGUUUGUCACCUUUGCUGCUAAUCCCUCAAAUUUUGCUGUACAAUCUUAUAAAAUGACAAGCAAGCUGUCAUCCUUAAUGUGUGAGAUGCAGUCAUAUUAUGAUAGCACUGGUAAAGAAUUGUCAGCUAUAGAGGUUGGAGAGUUUUUUGCUGUCAAGCACAAUGAUGACACAUGGUACAGGUAAGAAUCAUGUUUUGAU